UAUUACUGAGAAGUGAAUUCUACGUCAGGACGACGGACUUCUUCAAGGCCCAGGUGAGAAAGAGACCCCCUGAGUCCUGGGUGAGAGACUUCGGGGUUCUUUGGGACUAGAGGAAUUCUGAAACCAUGGAUCACCUAUAUAUGCUUUGAGACAUGCUUUAGAUGUUUUUUCUGGAAGCCCUGCAAUUGCCCUAAAAAUUGAAUGUAUCAUUGAAAAGACCUAUGGCCAAUGGUGGCAGAGUCUACAUAGAACUAUGCUUCGUGGUGUUCUGGGAAAAACCUUUCGGCUUGUUGGCUAUACUAUUCAGUAUGGCUGUAUAGCUCAUUGUGCUUUUGAAUACGUUGGUGGUGUUGUCAUGUGUUCUGGACCAUCAAUGGAGCCUACAAUUCAAAAUUCAGAUAUUGUUUUUGCAGAAAAUCUUAGUCGACAUUUUUAUGGUAUCCAAAGAGGUGACAUUGUGAUUGCAAAAAGCCCAAGUGAUCCAAAAUCAAAUAUUUGUAAAAGAGUAAUUGGUUUGGAAGGAGACAAAAUUCUCAGCAAUAGUCCAUCAGUUUUCUUUAAAAGCCAUAGUUAUGUGCCAACAGGUCAUGUGUGGUUAGAAGGUGAUAAUCUACAGAAUUCUACAGAUUCCAGGUACUAUGGACCUGUGCCAUAUGGACUAAUAAGAGGACGUAUCUUCUUUAAGAUUUGGCCUCUGAGUGAUUUUGGAUUUCUACGUGACAGCCCUAAUGGCCACAGAUUCUCUGAUGAUUAGCAAGCAUUUAUUCUUUUGAUUUGAUUAUUGUCUUCUGCUAAAGUGAAUUUAUUGUCACUGAAACCAUGUACUUACUAAUAAACUAUUUGCUAUUCA